CAACACUGCAACACCGCAACGCAACGCCUGCGCAUAUCUGCCUUGACGCGGCGACUCUUUCUUGUAUGCCACCGUUCAUGUAAAACUUGAUCAUGGCGCCCUGGUUCGCGCUGUUCGAGGCUUGGGCUGUAUCAAAGCUCAUUCGCAGCCCGGCCUUCAAUCGUGCCGUACACAAAGCCUACCGCAAGAUCAACAGGCUGCCAGACAUGGAAGCCAAGAAUGGCGGAGGCAGAACCGGUCCCUCUUCACUAGACCACUUCAAAGACGAAUUGAAGACGCAGCUCCGAGAGCUUACCUGGCAAAAGCGCCCGCCGAAAUGAUCGUCAUGACCACGGUCAACUCCACUCCACCGCGCCGUACCACUACACAUCGUAUUGUUCAACCCGACUCGCCUCGCACUUUGAUCUCAAAUACACGGGUAGCCGUCGUGGCACAAACGACAAACUCCAGUAAUCCGAGGGGCUGUGACAAUGUCAUUUUUGAUCCCUUAGUAGAGAUGAGACACUAUGCUGAGAUUCUCAGAAGCACAGAUAGAAGCUAUUCUGCGUAUUGAAGUAGCGCAGAGAAUUGUCUAAGCGAUCGCGUAGCUAUGCUUGUUCAGCAUGCUUUGGUGACAAGGAGGCGCUACACCACACAUACGGCAAUACGAACAGAAAUCGUAUUGUAGAUUCGUGCAUUGUACUCAAAGCGCCAUGAGUGCAGCUCCCGAACUAUUCUGUAGAUCUCAGAAUGUAAAGUCAUCACUCCG